GCAUUUUCUUUCCAGUGAAGACAAUUUACUGGGACGUUGAGUAAGUGUCAUUUGUCUUGCAGGUAACCCAGUCCAGUGCUGAUCAUGGUGCCAUGUAGGACGACUUUGAUUCUUCUAACCGAAACACAUUUCCACACGCGUUGUGUCCAUACAUAUAUCGUUACAGUAUAUACCAUAAGAGCCGACCAUUAAAAAAUGACGCGCCUGUUCAAGAGACUCGCUGCCCGCGACGAUGGGAAAAGCGGCGAUGAUAGCCUGACUCCGGCCAUGGUCGAUCUUCUGAUCGCGCUCUUGGUUCUUGUUCUAGUCGGCAUCACAUUGGUUGGUGCCCUUCUUGUCUUGCGCCGCAAGCGCCAAAAUCGGAAACAAUCCGAACUACCGAUCCAUAACGGUCAGUGCACGACCCAUCACCGCAGCCUUACGAUCUCUGCGCCACCAUAUUCAAAGACCGAUUCUGUCCUCGUCUACGAUGAGAAGAGGAGUCUAAUGGAGAACUCGUCGAGCCCUCCCCCCAGCCCUGUCCCGGAGAUCCGCAUCACGUUCCCUGAGGAGGAGGAUGAAUCUGGAAAGCGCAAAUCUGGACGCAUGGUGGUUGUGAGAAUUACCGAUGCUGGCGGGGUUGGAUUGGAGCCAUGCCAUGAUGAGCUUCCACCAUAUCAAUCCAGUGAUGCGGAACGUUUCCAAUCCUUGGACAUUGAGCGUAUGGGUGGACUCAAGGAGAAGGAGGAUAUCAAAAGAUGGUCUUAAACAUACCGCGUUGGUAACCAGAUACCAGCGGCUGUCUAUUCUAUCCGUGAUACCCCAUUAAACCUCUUCUUACCCUUCGACGAUUUCAAAAGGCAUGACGAUAUCCCGGCGAAGAUCUCCUGUUUCCAAAUUUUAUAUCCCGGCACUUCCGUUUCGUUUUACCCUUCGCGACUUGCACAUACGCGGACUAAUCUAUCCUGUCUGCCCACCGCGCUACUGAUCUUCAGCAGCUUGGGGACACUCCUGUCUUUAUUGACAUUACUUAUCUGACCGACCCACCCGAAGAUAAAACUAAAGGCAUACCUCGGCUGAAUUGUGUAUAGCAAAGGGCUGCUGGUUCA